CUUCCCACGUCGGCGGUCCCGGCGAGCGUGUCGUCUACUCCCACCCGGCCCUACCAACGGAUGAUGGGGACUCUGGGCGCCCGGCGCGGCCUGGAGUGGCUGCUGGGGUUCUACUUCCUCUCCCACAUCCCCAUCACCCUGCUCUUGGACCUGCAGGCGGUGCUGCCGCGCGAACUCUACCCCAUCGAGUUGAGAGACCUGCUGAAGUGGUACGCUAAAGAGUUCAAAGACCCUCUGCUACAGGACCCCCCAGUGUGGUUUAAGUCCUUCCUGUUUUGCGAGCUUGUGUUUCAGCUGCCUUUCUUUCCCAUUGCAACAUAUGCUUUCUUCAAAGGAGGCUGCAAGUGGAUCCGCACCCCCGCAAUCAUCUACUCGGUUCACACCAUGACAACUCUAAUUCCAAUUCUCUUCACGUUUCUAUUUGAGGAUUUCUCUAAAGCCAGUGGUUUCAAAGGACAAGGACCUAAGACUUUACGUGAACGCUUAACCCUCACAUCUGUCUAUGCCCCCUACUUGCUCAUCCCUCUUAUGCUUCUGCUUUUGAUGUUGCGGAGUCCCUACUACUAUAGAUAUGAGGAGAAAAGAAAGAAAAAAUGAGAGAGAACUGCUGGCCCAGUGAAGAGAUGCCCACAGGGCAGUUUCCUGUUGGACCCAGUACAAGGAAAACUGCUCAGAACCCAUGUCUUCAGUAGCAUUUGAAACACACAGCAGCAGGAGCCACAUCAAAAUUUCCCCUUCCAAGGGCACUGGCACAGACCAAUCACCUGAGGAUGGACCAAGUUCAACAUGUGCCCAAGUUCCAUUGCAGAAUUACUAAAAACAAGGCCGGACCAGAAACUAGAUCAACUUCUAAGAAACAUCCUGCUUGGCAUUUUUGUGAGUCAUUUCAUCCACAAUAUACAUGUGACUAACCCGUUGAGUCAGGAUUCUCUACAGCAAAUCACUGUUCAGCAAAAUGAAUAGUGGGAUCUUUCAGGCCAUUUUUAAGUUUGAAAUUAUGCCUCUUUAAUAUUCAUUAAAAGUAGUGUUUUCUAGGAGGUUUAAACUUAGCUUUACUUAAGGUUCAGCCCUGGCAUGACUUCCAAUCAGAAAUGGGUUGAACUAGGAGGUGUUUUGUGUCUGUCUUAAGCAGCUCAUCCAAGGAGGAAUUCUUUAAAGUCUCCUUGUUCAUCUUUCCAAAGCUCAGUCCUGUAUUUUUACAGACCACCUGACAGAAGUCUCUCUACUCUGGGGUCUGGUUCUCGAGCCUGAUCUGGAAGUGUGCUUCCUACUGGGUAACAUCAUUCCUUCCAGUCUUAUUCUCAAAGGGGGGGCACAGCUGGGCAUAGCACGUCCAGCGUCUCCACGUCAGUACUUGGUGUUCCACUAGCCGCCUCGAAAUUCAUACUCGAGGCUAACUCCAAAAAAACCCAGAAGAAACUGGUCCUGAUGAGUUCUCUCUUUGCCUGUUCUGCUCACAAGUCAUGUUGCUCUAAUUGUUGGGAGUAUCCUCUGACUCAUGUGUCCGGUAUAAAUAAAGGUAGCUGCUGAUGA